AUGUCAAAAGAAAAUGAGGAGUUUUCGACAGAGAUUGUGCAGAAUGGUGGAUCUCUGUCAUUCUCAGUGAGAGUGAGGCCUAGAAUGCCAGAUUUUCUUAGUUCAGUGAACCUAAAAUAUGUGAAAUUGGGUUAUGGAUACCUCAUUACUCAUCGUCUCUACUUGUUAAUGAUGCUGGCACCACCACUCCUUGCUGCUUUCGUUGCUCAUCUUGGAAACUUCUUCACUUGGCAACAUCUCUCUCAUCAGGCUCUAUUCAUCUCACCACUCUUCUUCUUCCUCCUCUAUCUAUAUAUUGACUUCACUCCUCGCUCUACCUAUUUGCUUGAUUUCGCAUGUUUUCGCCCUCCAAAUCAUUACAAGGUGUCCAAGGCAGAGUUCAUAGAAUUAGCUAGAAAAUCUGGGAAUUUCAAUGAUACUACCAUUGAGUUUAAAGAACGAGUUCUUAAGAAAUCCGGCAUAGGCGACGAGACCUACAUGCCAAAGGGAGUUUUCCGGCCAGGUUAUAGAACCUCGUUGAAGGAUGGGCGAGAAGAGGCAUCCAUGGUGAUGUUUGGAGCAGUUAAGGAAGUUCUUGGUGCCACAAAAGUAAGACCAAAUGAUAUCAAAAUCCUUGUAGUAAACUGUGGAAUACUAAAUACCACCCCAUCUCUCUCAUCAAUGAUCAUAAACCAUUUCAAGCUUAGACAUGAUAUACACAGCUUUAACCUCGGCGGCAUGGGCUGCGCCGCCGGUGUCACGGCCAUUGAUCUAGCUAGAGACCUUCUUGAUGCAUAUCCAAGCAGUUAUGCCCUUGUAGUUAGCACUGAAGUUGUGAGCUCUUCAUGGUACACUGGCAAUGACAUUGACAUGCUUAUUCCCAAUUGCUUCUUUAGAAUGGGAGCUGCAGCCGUCAUGCUCUCCAAUUUUCGCCUUCAUAGAUGGCGCGCCAAGUAUGAACUCAAACAGUUGGUGAGAACUCACAAGGGAAUGGAGAAUAGAAGCCACAAAAGUAUACACCAAAGGGAAGAUAGUGAAGGAAGGAAGGGCAUUUCGGUAAGCAAAGAUGUAACUGAAAUUGGAGGGCAUGCAUUGAAGGCUAACAUAACCACAUUAGGCCCUCUGGUGUUACCUGUUUCAGAGCAGCUUCAUUUCUUCACUAACUUGCUCUUCAAGAAAAGGAAAACAAAGCCGUACAUACCGGAUUACAAGCUGGCAUUCGAGCACAUGUGCAUCCAGGCCACAAGCAAGAAAGUUCUGGACGAGAUUCAGAAGAAUUUGGAGCUGACGGAGGAGUACAUGGAAGCGUCGAGGAAGACGUUGGAGCGAUUUGGAAACACUUCUAGCAGCAGCAUUUGGUAUGAACUGGCAUACCUUGAGUUUAAUUCAAGGGUGAAAAGGGGUGAUCGUGUUUGCCAGAUUGCAUUUGGGUCUGGAUUCAAGUGUAAUAGUGUUGUUUGGAAGGCUCUAAGGAAUGUUAAAACACCAAAAUGUUCUCCUUGGUUUAAGGAUGAAUGA